AUGGCCCGUCUCAGCCUCUCUUUCCUCUCUGUUCUGCUCGUCCUUGCGGCGCUGGCGCUCUCUAUGCCCGUCAAGCGUGACGAGGAGGCACCCAGCCACGGCUUCACUCUUGAAAGUACCCUUGACCAAUUGAAGAGUGCUACUAGGCUUAUGGAUGGACUGGAUAAGAAGGAGCGUAACGACAAGGACAACGAGACUGAGCAUGCUCCCGCAGAAAGCGACGAUGACAGCAAUGCUGCCGCUGAUGAGACUAAGUCGGAUCACAAGCCUACUUCUACCAAGAAGCUUUCCUCUGGUACCUUCGUUACUCCUACUGCUACCAACACCCACCACCCUACCUCUCAGCCCAACGCACUAGGCAAGCUUCCCCUCGUCGGUGGUCUCCUUGGUGGUGCUGGAGGCGGUCUUUAA